AUGGUGCUAAGCGUAUCCCCCUCUUGCACCUCGUACACGCCCCCCUCCGCCCUGCCCCCACCCUCUCCCCCUGCCCUCCCAUCAGCGCUCUCCUCCUUCCUGCGAGCCUCUUCGUAUCCCCGGCAGAGACAGCACGGGCGGGUGAGGGAAGUGCAGCAUGGGGCAUGCAGCAUGGGGCAUGCAGCAUGGGGCAUGCAGCAUGGGGCAUGCAGCAUGGGGCAUGCAGCAUGGGGCAUGCAGCAUGGGGCAUGCAGCAUGGGGCAUGCAGCAUGGGGCAUGCAGCAUGGGGCAUGCAGCAUGGGCAUGCAGCAUGGGGCAUGCAGCAUGGGGCAUGCAGCAUGGGGCAUGCAGCAUGGGGCAUGCAGCAUGGGGCAUGCAGCAUGGGGCAUGCAGCAUGGGGCAUGCAGCAUGGGGCAUGCAGCAUGGGGCAUGCAGCAUGGGGCAUGCAGCAUGGGGCAUGCAAGGCAUGCAGCAUGGGGCAUGCAGCAUGGGGCAUGCAGCAUGGGGCAUGCAGCAUGGGGCAUGCAGCAUGGGGCAUGCAGCAUGGGGCAUGCAGCAUGGGGCAUGCAGCAUGGGGCAUGCAGCAUGGGGCAUGCAGCAUGGGGCAUGCAGCAUGGGGCAUGCAGCAUGGGGCAUGCAGCAUGGGGCAUGCAGCAUGGGGCAUGCAGCAUGGGGCAUGCAGCAUGGGGCAUGCAGCAUGGGGCAUGCAGCAUGGGGCCAUGCAGCAUGGGGCAUGCAGCAUGGGGCAUGCAGCAUGGGGCAUGCAGCAUGGGGCAUGCAGCAUGGGCAUGCAGCAUGGGGCAUGCAGCAUGGGGCAUGCAGCAUGGGGCAUGCAGCAUGGGGCAUGCAGCAUGGGGCAUGCAGCAUGGGGCAUGCAGCAUGGGGCAUGCAGCAUGGGGCAUGCAGCAUGGGGCAUGCAGCAUGGGGCAUGCAGCAUGGGGCAUGCAGCAUGGGGCAUGCAGCAUGGGGCAUGCAGCAUGGGGCAUGCAGCAUGGGGCAUGCAGCAUGGGGCAUGCAGCAUGGGGCAUGCAGCAUGGGGCAUGCAGCAUGGGGCAUGCAGCAUGGGGCAUGCAGCAUGGGGCAUGCAGCAUGGGGCAUGCAGCAUGGGGCAUGCAGCAUGGGGCAUGCAGCAUGGGGCAUGCAGCAUGGGGCAUGCAGCAUGGGGCAUGCAGCAUGGGGCAUGCAGCAUGGGGCAUGCAGCAUGGGGCAUGCAGCAUGGGGCAUGCAGCAUGGGGCAUGCAGCAUGGGGCAUGCAGCAUGGGGCAUGCAGCAUGGGGCAUGCAGCAUGGGGCAUGCAGCAUGGGGCAUGCAGCAUGGGGCAUGCAGCAUGGGGCAUGCAGCAUGGGGCAUGCAGCAUGGGGCAUGCAGCAUGGGGCAUGCAGCAUGGGGCAUGCAGCAUGGGGCAUGCAGCAUGGGGCAUGCAGCAUGGGGCAUGCAGCAUGGGGCAUGCAGCAUGGGGCAUGCAGCAUGGGGCAUGCAGCAUGGGGCAUGCAGCAUGGGGCAUGCAGCAUGGGGCAUGCAGCAUGGGGCAUGCAGCAUGGGGCAUGCAGCAUGGGGCAUGCAGCAUGGGGCAUGCAGCAUGGGGCAUGCAGCAUGGGGCAUGCAGCAUGGGGCAUGCAGCAUGGGGCAUGCAGCAUGGGGCAUGCAGCAUGGGGCAUGCAGCAUGGGGCAUGCAGCAUGGGGCAUGCAGCAUGGGGCAUGCAGCAUGGGGCAUGCAGCAUGGGGCAUGCAGCAUGGGGCAUGCAGCAUGGGGCAUGCAGCAUGGGGCAUGCAGCAUGGGGCAUGCAGCAUGGGGCAUGCAGCAUGGGGCAUGCAGCAUGGGGCAUGCAGCAUGGGGCAUGCAGCAUGGGGCAUGCAGCAUGGGGCAUGCAGCAUGGGGCAUGCAGCAUGGGGCAUGCAGCAUGGGGCAUGCAGCAUGGGGCAUGCAGCAUGGGGCAUGCAGCAUGGGGCAUGCAGCAUGGGGCAUGCAGCAUGGGGCAUGCAGCAUGCAGCAUGGGGCAUGCAGCAUGGGGCAUGCAGCAUGGGGCAUGCAGCAUGGGGCAUGCAGCAUGGGGCAUGCAGCAUGGGGCAUGCAGCAUGGGGCAUGCAGCAUGGGGCAUGCAGCAUGGGGCAUGCAGCAUGGGGCAUGCAGCACUGGGGCAUGCAGCAUGGGGCAUGCAGCAUGGGGCAUGCAGCAUGGGGCAUGCAGCAUGGGGCAUGCAGCAUGGGGCAUGCAGCAUGGGGCAUGCAGCAUGGGGCAUGCAGCAUGGGGCAUGCAGCAUGGGGCAUGCAGCAUGGGGCAUGCAGCAUGGGGCAUGCAGCAUGGGGCAUGCAGCAUGGGGCAUCCAGCAUGCAGCAUGGGGCAUCCAGCAUGAAGCAUGGGGCAUGCAGCAUGGGGCAUCCAGCAUGCAGCAUGGGCAGAGAGCGGGAAUCCAAGUGAGAAGGGAACAUGAGAAUGGGGUAGAGCGGUGUGAAGUCCUGGAGUCACAUGCAGCACCACCAGCACCCACCACCACCCACCCACCCACCCACCACCACCCGGCAGCACCCACCACCACCCAUCAGCAUCUACCAGCACCCAUCCGCACCAAUUGGCACCCACCAGAUCUCAGCCAUGCUGCGGCGAUCCCCAUGCAGGCGGCGAAUGACCAUCUCUCGCUGCUGCCUCAACACCAGCUCCGCCUGCUGCCACCUCGGCAGGGGCUUGGGUCCCCUCCGCCACCCUCCGCUGCUGCUGCCGCUGGUGCUGGUGCUGCUGCUGCUGCUGCCGGUGGUGCUGGUGGUGUUUCUUGCUUCUCCUGCUGA